AUGCGGUGUCGUAGUGCCGGGCCUUCUGGUUCCGCGCCCUUCGUUCUGUUUUGUGCGGUGGUUUUGAGGAAAGCCGCUGGGACCAUCGUUCUCCUGCACGGGAGCCUCGCCCCGGUACCCGGGCUUCUCCCGGGGGACCGCCCACCUUUUCGGUGUGAGAAAAAUGGAGACGUCAAGAAGAGAAGGUCAGAUCAGGCAGAUAUCCCCGAUAAUCUUCGUCAAGAAGCAGAAACGUGCUAUCGGCUUAGACUGCCUGAAGAUUUCUAUCAGUUUUGGAAGUUUUGUGAGGAACUAGAUCCUGAGAAACCAAGUGAUGCACUUGUCUCAAGUGUUGGACUUAGGCUGGUUGGACCAUAUGAUAUUCUUGCUGGAAAACACAAAAAAGCAAAAUCAACAGAUCCGGACUUCAAUCUUCACUGGAGAUUCUUCUAUGAUCCCCCAGAAUUCCAGACUAUACUUGUUGGGGAUAGCAAAACACAGUAUCACAUGGGAUAUUUCAGGGACGUGCCAGAUGAGCUUCCAGUGUGGGUUGGUGCAAACGAAGCCAAGAAGGGCUGUGUGAUAUCACAAGUCGGUGAUAAUGUCUUUGCCGCAGUCAAAUUGUUUUUGUCAAAAAAACUUAAGGAAGUGACCGAUAAAAAGAAAAAUGCUAUUUUGAAAGACAUAGAUGAAAAACUAACAAGAACAGCAAAAGAACUGGGUUAUUCUCUGGAACAAAAAACCAUGAAGAUGAAACAGAGAGAUAAGAAAGUGGUGACCAAAGCAUUUCAUGGAGCGGGCCUAGUUGUUCCUGUAGACAAAAAUGAUGUUGGAUACAGAGAACUUCCUGAAACAAAUGCUAAUCUUAAAAAAAUUUGCAAGGCCAUUGUUGAUGCUCCUACUGAUGAUGAGAGACUGAAGGCUUUUGCACCCCUUCAAGAAAUGCUGACCUUUGUUCAGUUUGCUAAUGAUGAAUGUGACUACGGAAUGGGAUACGAACUGGGUAUGGACCUGUUCUGCUAUGGAUCACAUUACUUCCACAAGACGGUGGGGCAGCUGCUGCCCCUGGCCUACACGCUGCUGCGGAGGGGCCUCUUCGCCGAGAUCAUCCAGUCGCACCUGGCGCGCCGCCGGCAACUGGUUGAAGAAACAGUCCAGACACCGAUGGAAAAUAACAUUUGUUCUUACUCAGCAGGCCUGACAUCAUGCAGUGCUGUGACUUCUACUGGAGCACUUUAUGUCAUUCCUAAUGCCAGUAGUCCUGCUAUGGAAGAUUAUAGGCCACCAGCAACAUGCUCAAAUCUCAAAGUUGUCCCCACUUUUUAG